UUCAGCAGACAAGUCAGUCUUUAUAUAUGUAUCAGAGCAAGAGCACUGAAAGAAAGUCGCGUUAUCUUAAAUUUCUUGGCCAACUCAAGUUAUUUCAUUUAUUCUGCUUGUGGUAUCUCAAACAAUAACACAAUGUUUAUUGCCUUGCUGGUUAUGGGUGUAGUUGUCGGCGUUGCUUAUGUUUUCCGUCAGGUUGUGGUGAAGGGGAAGCGGUGCACAAGCAAAGCAAAGUUGUAUGGCAGGACUGUGAUCGUGACCGGUAGCAACACGGGCAUUGGAAAAUCUACAGCAAUUGACCUGGCUAAAAGAGGAGCCAGAGUUAUUUUGGCUUGUCGUAAUGUGCAGAGAGGAGAAGCUGCUCUUGUUGAUGUCAAAAAGGAGAGUGGGAGCAAUCAGGUCCUGUUCAUGCAGUUGGAUCUGGGGAAUCUUAUGUCUGUUCGCAGGUUUGCCGAAACCUUCCUGAGAAGUGAACCUAGACUGGACAUUCUCAUCAAUAAUGCAGGAAUUUAUAUGCAGGGUCGAACAGAGGAUGGUUUAGGUAUGAUGUUUGGCAUCAAUCACGUUGGUCACUUCCUCUUAACCAACCUUUUGAUGGACCGGCUGAAGGAGUGUGAACCAAGUCGAGUGGUUAAUGUGUCAUCAGUGGGACAUAACUUUGGAAAAAUUGACUUUGAAUGUCUAAAUAAAUGCAAAGCUCUGGGACUGGGGACUUCAUUCAUGGAGGUUUUUCAGGUUUACUGUCACAGCAAACUGUGCAAUGUGCUCUUCACCCAUGAGUUAGCCAAGAAACUUCAAGGAACCAAUGUCACCUGCUACUCCCUCCAUCCAGGAGCUAUCAAAACUGAGUUAGCCAGGAACACCAGCUCAUUGUUCCAUAUCCUCAUGAAGCCCAUCACUUCCUUUUUCUUCAAAAACACUGUCCAGGGAUGCCAGACUACUCUUCACUGUGCUCUGCAGGAGGGAAUUGAACCUUUCAGUGGACGUUACUUCUCCAACUGUGCUGUGCGAGAAGUCUAUUCUAAAGCAAAGGAUGAUUCUACAGCUAAGAAACUCUGGGAAAUCAGUGAGCGAAUGUGUGGUCUUGCAUAAAUUGAUUUACCAUUGAUUUUAGGUGAUGGAAUUGAAGAUCAGAACUUUUUGUUGUUGUAAUUACUUCAAAUGUGAUUACUUAUAAAGUCAAUGCAAAUGCACGAAUCGGUGAGAAUUCGCUCUGGGAAAUGCAAAGACAUUUUUGAUUAUUUGACGUACGUUGAGCAAAUACAUGAACAUUUGUUUCAUCAUCAAUUCACUUUUGUUGGCAUUUUCUUUAUAGUUUUUUAGUCCUUUGCAAGACUAAAAAUGUUGAUGAAAUAUGUGACAAUUCACUUUGUAGUUUGAAGUGUUGGGGCAGGUAGGAAUAAUUGUUAAUAUAAUUAUCAUACAUCUGCUUCCAAUAAAGAAAUGCUUUUCUCUGCUCUAGAUAACAUGGCAGCCGCCUAGCAGGAGAUAGCAAGAACAAAAACAUCUAAUUAACAGAACUUUGUAACAUCCAUAUAAAUAAAGGGCGUCUUGAAACAAAAUAAAUAUCAGUGCUGAGGAGAGGAUAAUCAGAGAGUGCAGUGGCGAAUUGUACGGGACAGUUCCUCUCCUCGCGAGCUGUCAAAAAUGUACAGGUGUUUUUGCUUCAUUUUUUUGUCCAGUUUAAUAAAUGUCUAAUUGGUAAACCUGACAUUUAUUUGGUCCUUCGAGC